UUCUGUUAAACUCUCCUAAACACUGCCUGAAAAUUCUGUCCAAAACAAAAACAAAACUAAAAGUCCUAAGAAACGUAACUCCCAAAUCUCAAAACGAUUAUCAUAAUCUGAAAAUCUUCAUCAAUUUUCAGCCCUACCAAUUCAGAGGAUGUCUGAACAGCAGACAGUGGACUAUGAACACAGCAGCAAUGAUGAGAAAAGGAAGCUGCUUGUCUCCCAGAUAUGCAUGGAGGCGGUGAAGAACUUCCCACCCACCGCAGCCUCCAUGCCCUCCUCCCCCACCGGCCACCGGAAAACCUGCCUCUGCUCCCCCACCACCCACCCCGGCUCUUUCCGGUGCCGCUACCACCGCAACUCCAAGCUCACCCGCGCCUCCAUGUCCGUCGCCUCCAAUCUCUCCGAACUGGGCAGCGCCUCUGUUGCCAGCAAGCUCUCUGAGCUCGCUGCGCGCAAGUAAGAUGAUGGAUGAUGAUCUUCAUCUUCUUCAUCUGUUUAAAUGCUGCUGUACAUUUCAAGAACUGUUUUUUUCUUUCACCCUUUUUGUUAAUGAAUGAUGCUAUAUAUAUAUAUACACACACACAAACAAAGUUUGUCCCUUUUC